AUGGAGACGGAUGGAGAGCAGAACCAGCAGGGGGCCUCGACCAAUGGGAGCGCUGCGUCCGGGACCGCCACCACCACCACCACCUCCCGCCCCUCUCCCAUGAACUCCAUGUCUCUGUAUGAACGACAGGCGGUGCAGGCGCUGCAGGCGUUGCAGCGGCAGCCGAACGCAGCUCAGUACUUCCAGCAGCUGAUGCUGCAGCAGCAGAUCAACAACGCUCAGCUGCAGAACCUGGCCGCCGUGCAACAGGCGACUCUGGCUGCCAGUCGUCAGUCGAGUCCUUCCAGUGGAAGCUCGUCUCAGACCAGCAGCUCCACAUCUGCUAGUGUAACAUCUGGAACGGGGUCCACGACCAGCAGCCGUCCAAUGGGAGGCUCAGCAGCGUCGGUCCUUCUGAGCGGGACGGCAGCAGGACAGGGACAAAUGUACCUGAGGGUCAACCGCUCCCUGAGGACGCCCAUCUCCUCCCAGCUCAUCUUCAUGCCCGGCAGCUCAGCAACGGCUGCUGUGGCCACCGUCACCACGCAGCAGCCGCCUGAGGCCACGCCCACCUCCUCCUCCAGCAGCCAGGCAGACAACGACCAGGUGCAGAAUCUGGCCAUGAGAGGCGUGACCAGUCCCAAAGGUGUGAAGACUGAAGCUCCAGAGAGGAGUGACUCAGCGGCCUUCUCUCUGGUCCAACCCUCCCACCAGUGCACCGCCCAGUCUCCCUCCAAGCCCAGCCAGCCUCAGCCCCAGCCCCCCCACAUCAAGAUCCCCACGUACCCUCAGCCCACCAACCUCAAAGCCCACCCCGCCUCCUCCGGAGCGUCCUCCUCCUCUUCCUCCACCUCCUCCAUCCCGCUCUCCCAGCUCCUGCUUCACGGGACCCGGACCCUCGCCACUGGUACCACAGCUCCCACAGCAGCGCACACCGUGAUCCUCGCGUCCAACGCGCCGUCUCAUCACCACGGGUACCCAGUGGGCACGGCGAGCAUCAAACCGGCGGUCAACGCUCAGACGCUGGUGGUGCAGCCGCUGCAGAAGAGCUCGCUCGGCGCUGAGAAACCGGGCCACGGCACCGGGCCCGUCCCGAUUCAACCCAAGACUCUGCAGGGGCUGCGUCUGCCCCUCCACCUGCCCUCCAGGAACCCCCCGCCCAUCCUCCCUGCCCCUCCUCCAGCCAGCAGCUCCGCCCAGCCUCCCCAGACGCCACACAUCCCAGUCCAGAUCGUGGGGGCCCGGCAGAGCACGCUGGGAAACGGCCAGGCGCUGGCACUGGCCCGGGGCAGCUGCAGCCAGGACGGACCUGUCCUCACCAGCUCCUCCAGCCUGCUCACCAUGGUGGCCUCCAUCGCGUCCCGGGAGGGCGGGGUGGUGGGGCGCGGCGUGGGGCUCAAGGCACUUCACUCGCCCCAGGAGGCUCCCCCAUUGGCUCAGGUCUCUCAAGUGCAUCCGCUGGCCAAUCAGAACUCUGGACAGGGUCAGAACGGACCUGUAGCUUCAAGCCCCGCCUCCUCCAAGCCCCUGACAGUUUCUGCUCCUCCCUCCUCGCUCUCUCGUUCCUCCCUCUCCCUCCCCCUCCCCCUGGGGGCCGAGGAGCAGAGAGGAGCCGGUGUGACCACUAACGGAGACGCAUCAGGACGCCAGACGCCACAGGGAAAGCAGGUGAUUGGUUCCCUAAAGAGGAAAUCAGACUCCAAUGCAGCCAAUGACGAAGAUGGCCCCUCCCCUCCACGGAUCCCGCCGGUCAGAGACCACGCCUCUGCGCUCCCAACCAAUCCCAUCAAAGCAGGAUGUAACGCUCCUCCUCCGGCCCCCCCCUCUCCCUCCCCUGUCCUAUCUGUGUCCCGCGGGGGGAGUGGUCAGGGGGACAGAGCUCAUCCCCCUCAGGCGGUGGUCAAACCUCACGUCCUCACACACCUCAUCGAGGGCUUCGUCAUCCGGGAGGGGGCCGAGCCUUUUCCUGUGUGUGGUGCAGUGAAGGACUCGACUGGAGAGGAUUUAACCAACGACAGUCCAGACACCAACCAAUCAGAGACCGGUACCACCGCCACAGUGCUCAAGUGUGAGUACUGUAAAAACUUUGCUCCUGCCAGCCAGUUCAGAGGCACCAAAAGGUUCUGCUCCAUGACUUGUGCCAAGAGUAUGUAUUGGUUCCCCAGGUACAACGUCAGCUUCAGGCAGCACCUGUGCGUGCGGCAGGGUCACGGCCAGGGUCACGGCCAGGGUCAGGGUCAGGGUCACGCUCCGGAGCAGGACCACGGCCAAGGUCACUUCUCCAACUCGGACGAGGAGGCAGGGAUCGCCAGGCGGAGGGUUCCCCGCAGGACCAGCUCAGAGAUAGCCAGUGCCAAGAUAGCAGGGAGACCUCUACCUGUCAAGUGCCGCUCAGAGUCCAGCCAUUCAGACGAGGAGUCCAGCGGAGAGGAGGAUGAAGACGACCCCAUGUCCCUCUCGCCGGCCUCCUCGGCCUCCUGCCACCAGGCGGCGCCGCAGCCGCCCACGGACAGCUCUGCGCCCAGCUGCCUGCCCUCUGGCCCCGCCCAGUGGAGCGUGGAGGAAGUGUCGCAGUUUAUCUCCUCGCUGCAAGGCUGCGAGGACCUUGCCUCCCAGUUCCUGUCGCAGGAGAUUGACGGACAGGCUUUGCUCCUGCUGAAGGAGGAGCACCUCAUGUCCACCAUGAACAUCAAGCUGGGCCCCGCCCUGAAGAUCUGCGCCCACAUCAACAACCUGAGAGACUGAAGUCAGAGUUUCCAUGAACCAGCGCGUUCGAAGUCGAGCUCCGGGCAUUCCCCCCCCCC